CAGCUCCUCCCGUGCAUCCACUUGGCCUGGGAGGUUCUGGAUUUGGGUUGUCAAGGGAGUUAGCAUGCCUCUUUGGAGAAGGAUGGCCAUGUGGCCCCUGUGGAGCCUGCUUCUCUGGGAAGCCCUACCUCCCAUUACAGUUACUGGUGCCCAAGUGCUGAGCAAGGUCGGGGACUGUGUGCUGCUGGUGGCAGUGCGUCCCCCUGGCUUCCGAGUCCGUGAGGCUAUCUGGCGAUCUCUCUGGCCUUCGGAGGAGCUCCUGGCCACAUUUUUCCGAGGUUCUCUAGAGACUCUGUACCAUUCCCGCUUCCUGGGCCGAGCCCAGCUACACAGCAACCUCAGCCUGGAGAUCGGGCCACUGGAGUCUGCAGACAGCGGCAACUUCUCCGUGUUGAUGGUGGACACAAGGGGUCAGACCUGGACCCAGACCCUCCAGCUCAAGGUGUACGAUGCAGUGCCCAGGCCCGUGGUACAAGUGUUCAUUGCUGUAGGAGGGGAUGCUCAGCCUCCCAAGACCUGCCAGGCUUUCUUGUCCUGCUGGGCUCCCAACAUCAGCGAAAUAACCUACAGCUGGCGACGGGAGACCACUGUGGACUUUGGCAUGGAGCCACACAGCCUCUUCACAGAUGGACAGGUGCUGAGCAUUUCCCUGGGACCGGGAGACAGAGGUGUGGCCUAUUCCUGCAUUGUCUCCAACCCUGUCAGCUGGGACUUGGCCACAGUCACACCCUGGGAGAGCUGCCAUCAUGACGAAGCACCAGGGAAAGCCUCCUACAAAGAUGUGCUGCUGGUGGUGGUGCCCGUCUCGCUGCUCCUGAUCCUGGUUGCUCUCUUCUCUGCCCGGCACUGCGGCCCCUGCUCAGGGAAAAAGAAGAAGGAUGUCCAUGCUGACAGGGUGGGUCCAGAGACAGAGAACCCCCUUGUGCAGGAUCUGCCAUAAAGGACAGUACGAAAUGAUGCCUGGACCAUCAGUAACCCCACUGCCCAGGCACACGAUGUUCGGGGACAUAACUGGUGCCUGGAAAUCACCACAGUCCUCAUACCUCCCAUGGGAAUCCUGUCCUGCCUCGAUGGGGCAGCCUGGGCGCCAUCACACUACGCGGACAGAAAGCACCAGCACGUUUCACCCUUCCCCUUUUUCUCUCCCAUCUUCGCAUGUCCUGGAUCCUCUCUGGGCAACAUGGGCCAAACAGAACAUUCCCUCCAGGACACUGGAAGUUCUCCAGGAUCCAGGUCCACAGGGACAAUGAUUGUCCAAGGCAUUCCUCCCCCACCACUAUUCAUAAAGUAUCAACCAACUGGAACCAAAGAAUUGCCUCCAACCUGGGUCCUAGGCACUAAAAGAUACUAGAUGUUGGAACUAACAGA